GACGUCGGUUGGACUGAGUUUGGAUUUUUCUGGCGAACUGAAACUCGGAAGCGAAGAGAAACAGAAGCGUAACGAUUCACCGUUAAUCCAGUGUUGGAGAUGGACCCACAGAAACUGACCGAGCUGAAGGGCUUCGUAAGCUUGUGUAAGGAGAACCCGGCCGUGCUGCACCUACCUGAGAUGGGCUUCUUCCGCUCCUGGCUGCAGGGACUAGGUGCAACUAUCCCACCUCCACCCAAAAACACCGGCUCCUCCUGCAAGGGAAGCUGUCCGUGUGAUGAAGGACCAGCCCACAAAACGACCCCGCCCCCUCAGCCAGAGCCGGCUCGGCCCUCCGAGAGCGAGGAGAGUGACCUAGAGUUCGAGAUGGACGGAGUGAUCGAGCCGGACACAGACGACGUCCAGGAGAUGGGCGACUACGAGAACCUGGAGGUGACUGAAGAGAUGAUGGAGCAGGCCAGCGAGAAGAAGAUGCAGGCUAUCGAUGCUCUGGGAGAGGGUGAGCUGCAGAAAGCUCUGGAUUUGUUCACCGAGGCCAUCAAACUGAACCCACGCUCGGCCAUCCUGUACGCCAAGAGAGCAAGUGUGUAUAUAAAGAUGCAGAAGCCCAACGCUGCGAUCCGAGACUGCGUCAGAGCCAUCGAUAUAAACCCCGACUCGGCUCAGCCGUAUAAGUGGAGAGGAAAAGCACACAGGUUGCUCGGUCACUGGGAGGAGGCAGCUAAAGAUCUGGCCACAGCCUGCAAACUGGACUACGAUGACGACGCCAGUGCCAUGCUUAAAGAGGUUCAGCCCAAAGCCAACAAGAUCAUCGAGCACCGGCGUAAGUACGAGCGCAAGCGUGAGGAGCAAGAGAUCAAAGAGAGACAGGAGCGAGUAAAGAAGGCCAGAGAGGAACACGAGAGAGCACAGAGGGAACAGGAAAGUCGGCAGCAGGCAGGAGGAGCACAAGGAGGUUUCCCAGGAUUCCCAGGUGGCGCUGGUUUCCCAGGCGGCGCUCCGUUCGGCAUGCCCGGCCUGCAGGAGCUCUUUAAUGACCCGGAGGUGCUCAUGGCCAUGAAGGACCCCGAGGUGAUGGCAGCCUUCCAGGACGUGGCGCAGAACCCGGCCAACAUCUCCAAGUACCAGAGCAACCCCAAAAUCAUGGCGCUCAUCAACAAACUCGGCUCCAAGUUCGGCGGCCCUCAGGGCCAACCGUAGCCGCGUUCGUACGGGUGUACAGGGGUGGGUGUGGCGAGGCAGGCGAGAUUAGUGGGUCAGGGUUCAGUUUCUUUCUACAGUCCCUUUAUUUUCCCUUUACACACACACACACACACACACACACACACACACACACACACACACACACACACACACACACACACACACAGAGACAGCCAGCACCACCACAGCAGGGUUAGGGGGGACAGGAGGGAGGAACUGGGGAUGGGCUCUGGUUUUCGGGGUGUGGUGUUGUAUAGAUAAUCGAUGUAAAGCACUAACACUGCCUUCAGGUCCUGGCAGGUUCAAAAUCUCUGCUACGUUAGUGUGUGUCUUUCUUAAAUGAUGGGACGCUGCUCGUUCGCUGCUUUCCCCACACAGACCAGAACGUGUAAAGAACUGUGAUAAUCAAAUGAAACCUGUACUGGUGUGUGACGUCCAUAUCGACAGGCAUCAUGUGACCAUUACACAGGUACACAGCGGCUCCCUGAGCAUCGGGGCGAAAGUAUUCGGACACCUGACCGUCAGACUACCUUUAGACUUGACCAAUUCUGAGUGUUGACUGACCGCCUGGGAUUUGAAAAUACACUGUAUGGUCAAAAGUAUCUGGACGUCCCAUUUCAAAUACAAAUGGUAUUAAAAUAGACUGACCUCUGUGUGAUCUUUUACAUUUACAGCAUUAUUCUUUUAUCCAAAGCGACUUACAGUACUGUGACAGUAUAUUUACGAUUAAGGGCCUUGCUUAAGGACCCAACAGUGGCAACCUGGCAGUGGUGGGGCUUGAACCAGUAACCUUCUGAUUACUAGUCCAGUACCUUAACCGCUAGGAUACAACUGCCUCUUAAACUCUUCUGAAGUAUGCCUAUAAGAAUUUGUCCCCAUUCGUAAGUGUACGGCUGGGCGUUGAUCGAUCAGUUGAUGUUCCGGUUCAUUCCAGAGCUGUUGAGUGCCAGAACAGGAAAGGGCCUUCCCUAAACUGUUGCUACAAUGCAGAAGCAGGUCAUUUUCCUUAUUUAGUUGAUUUAUUACAUGACCGUUGAGGCUGAAACACUCAGUACAUUCAGUAAUUAGACGGUGGGCGGCACUGUCGUCUCACAGCAAGAAGGUCCCGGGUUCGAUCCCCAGGUGGGGCGGUCCGGGUCCUUUCUGUGUGGAGUUUGCAUGUUCUCCCCGUGUCCGUGUGGGUUUCCUCCCACAGUCCAAAGACAGUGAAUUGGAGACACUAAAUUGUCCAUGACUGAAUGAAUGAGUAACUACCGUUCCUGUCAUGAAUGUAACCGAAGUGUGAAACAUGACGUUAAAAUCCUAAUAAACAAACACACAAUCAGACGGGGCGUCCCAAUACUUCUGUCCACAUAGUGUAUCACAGACAGGACCUGAAGGCAGAAUCGGUGGACGCUGGGCUCUCGUACGUCAGAUGUUCUAUCACUGAUCACAGAUUUAGUCCUUAAUAACGCAGUAUGAACCUGGACUAGAGCCUCAGAUCAAACAGAAUCAGGUUUAGAUCGAGGGUUGAUCGUUAUGGGUGAUUUAGUCGCUGUGAUUAAACUGGACCGGUCAUUAGUAUUCUUGUGACCUUCGAGGGAGCGUCCAGCUGCAGACGUUUGGUGGAAGUUUCUCCUCAUCACAUUCUCAUCUUCUAAUAAACACAAUCUCAUGGACGAAUGGUUUAAAAUCAAUAAUCAAUAAAAGAUGUGAUUGUACAGAA